AUGGAACGACAUCAACCUUAUGUCAGGGCGGCUGCCGCCCCUUCCCACCGCUAUGAAGAAGGCCCAUCCAGGCCAAGGACAAGGACUCAUCGGAACGAAAAAUAUAUGCCCCCUUUACUAUCUGCUCACAAUUUUUGUGUGUCACCUACAGAGAUAGUCUACACUCUUGAGAAACUCGAAACGAAAGUAAAGUGGCCGCCGAAGAUGAGUUCAGAUCCAAACACCAGGAAAUCGGACGCGCUCUGGCACCUCAAAGAGUUGUUAAGAGAUAAGGGGAGAACCAACUUCGCUAGAGGACGUGAACAUCAAGGCCCACCAAAGUCGCCAUCGCCAGCUCAUACUACCAACAUGAUCAUCGGAGGCGAUGAUGACACCUUUAUCAACGACGUGAAGUUCACCACCACCCACAAGCUCAAGCAGUCUAUCAUCCGCGAAUGGUACAACAGACUCGAAGAAAGUAUCAUUUUCGAUGAGUCGGAUGCCGACGGUUUGACUUUUCCUCAUAAUGAUGCCCUCGGUAUUACUAUAUGUAUUUUAGAUACCGAUGUCAAACGCAACAUGGUGGACGAUAGAAGUGGAGCAUGCAUUAUCCAUCCCCGAGUCCUUACCCAAAUGAGACUUGAGGAUAAGAUAAUGCCGCUAUGCAUCACGCUAACCGGUUUUAAUAAUGCAGUUGAGCGGACAUCCGGGGAAAUUACACUCCUCGUCUUGGCCGGCGGCGUGACUCUAGAGACAACUUUCCACAUCAUGGAACAUGCCACAAUGUACAACGCCAUAGUGGGAAGACUAUGGAUACAUCCCAUGAGAGCCAUCCCCUCCAGCUUAUACCAAGCAAUUAAAUUCCCAACACUAUGGGGAAUAUUCAGCAUACGCGGGGAACAACGCACAUCUCGGGAAUGCUAUUGCAUUGCCUUGGAUAGCAUGGCAACCCAACAGAAAAAGACAAAGAAAAAGAGGAAUACCAAUCAACAGGGCUGA